AGCCCCUCCGAUACGAUUAUUAUCACCGAUAACGAGGAAUUACUAAGCCUCGAGCUAGGUAGCUCACGACCUCGGAGGGCCCCUCGCUGUGAUUACAGUUAUCGAGAUUUUGAGAGUAUAAUCGUCGAAUCAGUCGCUAAUAAGACGGAUACGACACUAUCACGUAAAUAUAAAAGAACCGAAACGAAAGAGCUAUCUACUUUAACUAGGAAAACGCCUUUAAGGAGCUCCGGGGGGCGGUUAGCUGUAAAAUACAACGGCUAUAAGAGAAAAAUUGUCUAG